CUGCAGAAGAUAAGGCAGUUAACGACCUUAUGAACAUCACCACUGAUACUGAUUUCUUCAAUCAAGAGAUAUCAGAGAUUCCUCAAAGGGUAUCUCAUCCGUUGAAAAAUUAUCGUUUCUUUAGAAUUCAAAAUUUACAUGCUCAAAUCUCAAGGAAAAUAAAAAGGAUUCGAGCAGUGAUAGUUAUAAAGAUUCUUUAUUCGAUUGGAAGAAAGUAUUAAGAUCCUAACAUUGGCCAGACUAAAGAUAUAAAAAUUAAGAAGAAAACUUACAGAAAGAAAAAACUCCCUUCAUGCUCCUUCCGUCCUCCAUCCCUCACCUCCAGACUCACCGACAACAUCACCCCUUGGAGCUCCUCCAAAGACAACAUCCUCCUUCUCCCCACCCCAAAUCCCCCUUCAAAACCCCUCCAAAAACCCUCCAGCCCCCAAAAAUCCCCUACAAAACCCCUCAAAAUCCCUUUAUCCACCCUCAAAAAGCCAAAAUCCUCCAAAACAAUCCCUCAAUCCUCCCCAAAUUCCCCCUGAAAGCACAAAGAAUAUAGGAAAAUGGAGAGGAAUUAUCAGCAUUUUCACCCGAAUUGUAAGGUGUUGAGGGGGAAGAAUAAGCAAGGGAGGUUGGGAAUGGUGGAAGAAUGGGGUAUAAUGAAGAAAAAUUCAUCCUCUUCCAUAAAUCCAAACAAAUGACUAAAAUUAACAAAGGCUAAAAUACCAAAAAAGUUUAGCGAGAAGAUUGUCAAAGAAAAAGAUCUUAUUGGAAAACAAAACCUUGAUAACAAAAAAUUGCAUAAAAAAUCAAUAAUAAGCAUAACCCCAAAGAAAAACUCUCUUUUCUGCCAACCCCCUAAAACCUACCCUCCUGUCACUACAAACCUCAACACUUCUCCAAUUCUGAGCAUAGGCUACCCUCCAGACCCCUCUUCCAAUUUCCAUCUCCAGCCUCCAACUCUUACCCCCAAAACUCCACAUUUCCCUCUCUCAUCCACCCAUUUUCACUCAUCUCAAAGCUCAAAACGGGUCUUCCCCCCUGCUCCAUCUCAAAUUUCCCUGCCCGGCCAAUCAGAAUUCCAAAAAUACCUCUCAGACACAUAUCUAGAUCACGGCAAAGGCCAAUUCCAGAAGUUUCUAAAGACACUUAAUUUUGGCCUUAAGGCGCCGAAGAAAGUAAUGCAGAGAAGAAGGAUUAAUUCCAAAACACCACAGAUUAAGACGAUUAGGACUAGAAAUCCUAAUUUUCAUCAUAAUAAGCAUUCUAGUCCGUUUUUCUCACAAGAAAGACUCUCUAGUCCGAAUUUGAAGCUAUAAUCGACGUUGAGAAGUUUCUACUCAAAGUAACCAACAGUACCCAACCUCCCUCCCCCAACCUCCCCAUCCCUUCAGCUCAAUUCCUUGCCAAACCCCCUAAAUUUCCCCGAUACCAAUUCAAAAGUUGCCACCAUCUCUCCUAGCAGUCACCCAAAUCUGCCUAUAUCUAACUUCAUAACCAAGGUUUAACAUCUUUAAGGAAAAUAUGCGGUUUUUGGGGGAAAUUUGUUAAGGAAUUUUGGAAAUGAAACUGGAUUUUAUCUGACUGG